AUGCCUCCUCGGCGCUCUCAGCCUCCAACCGAGGUCCCCCAGGCCUCUUCUAGUCUGACAGGGGUCGAUGACCUCACUCGGCAGGUUCAAGCUGCUGUUGAAAAUUUCCAAGCUGGCGGACAAGAUAUUUUGUCGCAGCUCCUUCGAUCUCAACUCAAGUCUUCGACAUCUCCACUCGGUCCUAUAGGGCUCUCUGUAGUGAUCAGGGACGUUCUAUCUUCAUCCCUUGAUGUUUCAUCCUUGCAGCAACUGAUGGUCGGGCUGAUCGACUCGUUCGAGAAUGAAGACAAAGAAGAGCAAGUAGAGCUUCUAGGGGAAGCACUGGUGGAUGUUGUAGAAUUACUCGAGGAAGAAAGGGAAGACGUGCAAGAUCUGAAAACGAAAGGCAAGGAUAUGGACGUGGAUGGAGAGUUCAAGUCGCUCAAUCAAGGAGAAAAGGGGUUGGAGUUGAUCAAGUUACUCAUGCAAUCAGAUCACUUACCUUCCCAUAUACCCAAUCUCUUGAUCAGCCCUCAUACCCUGCUUCAGCUCGGACUUCACCCAAUACCUCACAACCCUCAAGCAUUACAGCGAUCUCUAGUCAAACGUAAUACCACCCUCUUUUUCAAACAGUCAAAAUACAACCUUCUUCGAGAAUCUUCCGAAGGAUUCUCUGGUCUCAUUGUCCUUCUCACUGGUCCUGAUGCUCUGACAUCAGAUUUCACACAUACAGCUAGGAUCGCUCGAGCUAAGAGACUUUGGGGAAAGGUGAUGAGUCUUAUUGGAUACUUCAACCUCUCACCACCUAGGGUAUUAGAUAUAAUAUUGGAAAUCAUGGCUUGUCACGUGGCAGAUCACUGGAGAAUCUUCCUCGAGCUCUUGAGGUGUUCACCUUGGGGAUCUUCAGCAGUGGCCGUUGUCAAUGGUAAAGGUAAAGAGAAGGCAGUGCACGGAUGGCCAGAAGAUGAGAUUAGUGGUGUGGCAAGUUGCAUGGAUGAUGAAGGAGAUAGAGUGCUGAGUCAGGUAUUGGGAGUCAAAUUUGGUUUCUACCAACGCCAGGAUGGCGGAGAUACACCUCUAGAAUUAGCCAUGGUUGCGGCGUUACUCAUCAAACAUCGCUUCAUAUCACUUGCCGAUCUUUUCCCUUUCCUGUCCCCCGAUGAUAUUCAGAUGGAAGGGAUUCGACAAAAGUGGCUCGCCUCCAUCUCUUCCCGUUCAGGACCCUCAAACGCCCUUUCGAACUCUGUCCUCCUUGAUGAUGAUGCUCCCUCUUCCUCCGAUUCUCAGAAUGCGGAAACGACAGGCCCUCCCCCCAAACCUUCACCGGAGCAACGUAUACAGCUUCUCCAAGCUCUUCUCUCCGUGGGGGAAUCGUCCGCGUCUCUGUUUAUCCUCGGCAAAUUUCCAUGGGUUGCGCAGAGUCAUCCAGCAGUUGCUGAUCUCAUUUUAAGACUAGUGGCUCAUGCCCUAGAAGGACUAUAUCGAUCUUACGCCCAUCGAAGGUUUGGUAUCGCUGAUGAAGAAGUCACAGAAUCUGAAGGGGAUAUACCUGCACCUACAUAUAUGUCUUCACAGCGGAAAGAGAUUGUGAAUACCCUGUUGGUACCCACACCGCCGGAGACUUCCACCAGAACAUUCGAAUUUUUCUAUCCGGACUGGAGUGAAGACGCCGAAGUGUGGUUGACGAUCGAUGAUGUACAUCAAAAAGCCCUUCGAUGGCUUGGGCUCAUUCGUGGUCUAGGGGCGAGAGCGGUGGAGGUGAUGGUGAAGUUGUGCAGACUAGGCGCGGCUCAUUAUGCCGUCUUACGCAAGGCCAAAGAGGUGGAACAAGGUCUUGAUCAUCCUCUCAAAAUCAAAGAUGAAUUGCGACUUCCCACUCUUACAGAAAUGGAACCUUGGCUUCAAAUCUUACGAAUCUCCCUUCUUCCCGCAUUGUCUGUUGGUAAUGCCACAGCUGCUUUCGACAUUGAACUCUGGCAUUUGAUACAACACUUUCCAUAUCCUGUGCGAUAUCGUCUAUAUGGCGAGUGGAGAGAUUCGACAUGUUCCUUCUCCGGACGUAACUCCUGUCCUGUCGCUUCACACGCUGCUGCCGAAUGCACGAGAGAAAUCAAGAAAGCCCUUUCGAGAGUGACAGCCGCUCAAUCUGCACCUACCGCCGGUGCCUCAGGUGCUGCUGCUCAAGAUCGGGGUCCGGCGAGGGUGUUGGCUAAGUUGAGUCACACCAAUCCUUGUGCGUUAUGGACGACGGCGGUCACACAAGUGAAAGCUUAUUCAAACAUUGGUCAAUUCAUCGUGGAAGCAGGAAGAUACAUGACUCAAUUAUCGAUGGAUGUGGCAACUUUCACCCUUGUCGACACUUUGUCAGACGACAUGAUUCCUCGGUUAGAUGCUACAGGAACAAACGUCGCCCAGUGGUUAGAGAGUUUAUCAACAUUCGUAGGUGACUUCAAUCGUCGGUAUCAGCAAAUGGAUCUUGAGCCGAUUUUACAAUUCAUCAUCAAUCGACAAAUGCGUGGCGAGUCUGCAGAUCUUAUCGUUCUCACACAACUUGUCUCCAAAAUGCAAGGUAUCACCCUGGUAGAGAACCACGCCAUAUCGGAAGGCCAACUACAAGCUUACGCCACGGGAAGAGAAAUGAUACGCGAAGCUUUUUUCGCUACGACACCCACCAUUGCUAGACCAUCUGAUGAUCCGACUCAACAACCGAAACAAGGACCGGUGGAUAAGAUCAAGAGUACCAAACGAUCUUUACCCCGUCUCAUCAGUGCUUUGCGAGAGGCCAAAUUAGCCAUACCACUGUGGAUCGCGCUCGCUCAGACCCGUCAAGGUGCGGCUGAUCGACUGGUCGAUGCUCCACUCAAAGCUAUGUCCAAGAUCCAAGACACUUGUCAUGAAGCUUUCAUUCAAUAUAGUGAUCUACUCUCAGAACAUCUCUUACCAGAAGAGCAUGUCAUGCUUACUCCGGAUUUAACAUCGCUAGUCAACGAUUUUGGCUUAGAGUAUAGUAUGGCAUUCCAAAUCCUUCGACCAAAGUUGAACGCUCAAUUGGCAAAGGCAAAAGAACAGGAUAAAGAAGCCGUUCAGAGAAAAUUACAACUCGAAAGACUCAAAGCUCUUAGUCCGAAUAAAGAAUCAAUGCAAAUCCCAUUACCCGUCACACCUAAAAGCCCUAGUAUGGAAAUCGAAGGGGAGCUUUCUCCCGCUCAAUCACCAAUCGGUGAUGUGUCCAUGACUGAAAGUCUAAAUGGUACAUCGAUCUCCCUUCCUCCACCCAAAUUGAAGCAAAAAUCAAGAGGAUGGUUUCCCGUCGCUUUAACUACAACAGCACAACAAGCUAAAGGAAUGUUACCACCGAACGUAAACGAAAUCAUGAGUGCUCCAUUUUUCGUCAUCUUCUGGCAUUUGUCCAUUUCAGAUAUCAGCUUUUCAUCAGAGACUUAUCAAAAAGCCAUCGAAAGCAUAUCUGCUUUCGAAAAAGAUAUGUCGACUUGGCGUACUGCCAACACCAAUGAAGUCAAGGCCGAACGUCAAAGAUUGAAGAUGCAAGUCGAAAGAUUAACUGCGGAAAGGGAUAUUCAGCAAGGUUUGGUUAAUGGACCUAUCAGACGUAGAUUACGAUCUGAAUCAUCGAAAUGGUUUGGCAAAACGAUUGUAGAAAGACAAUCUCAACGUGCUUUGGGUAUACAACUCCAUCAAUAUUGUUUUUACCCUCGUGCUUUGCUCACUCCGUCCGACGCCAUGUUCGUGGCGAAGUUUAUACGAUUAGCACAUGAUCUGGGUACUGUCGGUUUCUCAACAGUGUAUGCGUAUAACAACUUCUUCAACGACCAACUGGCAGCUUGUAUAUUUUCUUGUACCGAGAGCGAAGCUAGGAAUCUUGGGAGAUGCCUAAAAGCCAUCUUGGCCGAUUUAGACGCUUGGCACUCUGAUGAGGCGCGGUAUAAAAAAGAAGCGAUGGGGAUAUCAGACACGGGGACAGGGGAGACGUUACCAGGGAUGUUAUAUAGGGCCAGAGUGGGGGAAAACCUAAAGGUCAUGUCGUGGAACGAAUACAGAAAUUUGUUUGCCAAAUUCCAUGCGAAUGUCUGCACAGCUUUAACAUCUUGCUGGGCGGAGAACGAUUAUAUGCAUAUGCACAACGCCACUACUGUCGCCUUACAGAUCCUACCGUUCUUCCCCAUAAUGGACACUCACGGCAAAGCUAUAGAAGCAGCCGUCGGCGAUUUGAUUUCUGAGAAACAAGGUCCAAUCACCCCAGAUAUGAAACUUUCUUGUGGCUCGUACUUACGAAGUCUCAAAGUCCGAAUCAACACCAAACCUUACGUUCCUCCCUCUAGCUUUCACUCGAGCGGCUCUUCUAGAUCCGUCGUGACCAAUGGGGUUGGUACAUCUACCAACAAGGCCAUACCACAAGGUCCGAAAUCUGCCCAGGCCCCUUCUACUGUUGCCUCUCCUUCUCGUCUGACGACGGAAGAAAAGGUCAAUGGGAUCGCUGUCUCUUCCACUCGAACGACGGAGAUCAACGCCACGCCUACGAUGUCGGAUCCGAAAGAGCUGCGUAGGAAGUUGGAGGAAGCUAGAGCUAAAGGUCCGACUGCGACUUCGAUCCAGGCGAAAGAAGAACAAUCUGGAUCUGUUACGGAAGUCAAAUCUGGCACACCACCCGCCACCAACGCAUCUUCAAAGUUAGCCGCUACAACGAUGCCUACGCCUCCUGCCGGUCCUAGAGCUACUCGAUCUACGACUAUUGUGCCUACGUCGUCACCUGGGAUCCCUACCUCAUCGCACGCGUCAAUGCUUCCACCGGCCUCUCUAUCAGUGGAUGAAGAACGUGCCGCUGCUCGGGCUAGAAAAUUCGGUAUGAUCUCCCAACCAUUACCCAAGCUUCCGCCUACCGGUCCAGCCUCCCACGCCCCUUCGCCGGUCCCGACGGUGGAUAAGAAAGUAGAGAAAGAACCGCCAAAGACGAAAAUCACUCCUCCACCUAGCUUACGAUCUAGACGCAGUGCCUCGGUCGAUUCCCGAAUCAGCGAGAAAUCUCGUCGGUCCAGACGUGAAAGGGAUGAUCGGGAUAGGUUGAAAGAACGUGAGAAAGAGAGAGAACGUUCAAAGACGAAAGACGUUGAUAGAACUACUCGUUCGAGAACUCCGGCGGAAAGAAUGACAGAUGAUGUUAAAGAACGUCGUAAACAAGAAGAAUUGUUACAAGCUCGAGCGGAUAAAUUGGCUGGGGUUGCUGAAACUCGAGAAACGCGUAGGACAAGUCGUGAGACGGAGAAAGAAAGGGAAGAACGUAAACUUCGUGAGAAAGAACGAGAUAGGGGACAUGAUCGUCAUGGUGAUAGGGAUAGAGAUAGGGAUAAAAGAACGGACGAAGGACAUAAACGUAAAAGGGAUGAAGAAACCAGACGAGUUGAUUCAGGACGUCGUGAACGGGAAAGGGAAAGAGAAAGAGAAAGGGAUAAAGAUAGAAGGGAUGAAAGAGAUAGGAGAGAUGAUUAUAGAGAUAAAGAAAGAGAAAGAGAAAGAAGACCAAGGGAUGAUAAUCAUCGACGCGAUAGGGAUUAUGAAGAAAGAGAUUUUCGCAAAAGGGAUGAAAGGGAAAACACACGUGAUUCUCGAUAUAAAACUUCUCCGCCUAGAGAAAUGAGGUCGAGAACAGGUGGAAUAUCUAAUGGGAAUGGAGUUGGAAAUGGAGUGGGGAAUGUUGGUAAUGGUGAUAAAACUCCAAAGAGGGAUAUGACAAACAAAGAGGUAUUACCACCUAGACCUGAUCCAGAAAUGGGAGAUAGGAUCGUGGAAGCUCCAAGGACACGUUCGACAGAUGUGAGUUUGUUUGACAUCUUUUUUUCUUUCUUCCCUCUCGUCCCUCCUCUCCCUUCCCCUCCUUCUCCUCCCUCCAUCAUCUACUUUACCCUCACACCCUGUCGGUUUUCUUAG